AAUGCAUCAGUGAGAGGAAGGGAGGUUAUUCGGCGCCAUAUUUAAUACAUCAGAUGCUAGCUGUCGUUAGCUAUUUUGUGCUAAAAACUUUGAAUCAGUCGUAGAAGCCCAUAGCAAGACCUAACAUUACACAAAAAUGAAUGUUGUUGACCACGUUCGGGAUAUGGCUGCGGCUGGUUUAUACUCAAAUGUUCGCAUAUUGAGCAGUUUGUUGCUGACGAUGAGUAAUAACAACCCGGAGCUGUUCUCUCCAGCCCAGAAGUAUCAGCUGUUGGUUUACCAUGCUGAUGCCAUCUUUCAUGACAAGGAGUACCGAAAUGCAGCUUGCAAGUACAAUAUGGCUCUUCAACAAAAAAAGGUGCUCAACAAAACGUCUAAAGUUCGUACUUCAACUGGUGGAGCAGCAUCUAACAUACAGGCACAGAGUUUGCCAUCAGAAAUAGAAGUGAAGUACAAGAUAGCUGAAUGCUACACCAUUUUAAAGCUGGAUAAAGACGCCAUCGCUGUGCUGGAUGGGAUUCCAUCUAGACAAAGGACUCCAAAGAUCAACAUGAUGCUAGCUAACCUGUACAGGAAAGCUGGUCAGGAACGCUCUGCGGUGACCAGCUACAAGGAGGUGCUCAGACAGUGUCCCCUUGCCUUGGACGCCAUAAUAGGCCUUCUAUCUCUGUCUGUUAAAGGAGCUGAAGUGGCUUCUAUGACCAUGGAUGUGAUUCAAAGCAUUCCUAAUCUGGACUGGCUCUCUGCUUGGAUCAAAGCAUACGCCUUCAUACACGCUGGGGACAAUCAGAGAGCAAUCAACACUAUUUGUUCCCUGGAAAAGAAAUCCCUUCUGCGGGACAACGUGGACCUCCUGGUGAGCCUGGCAGACGUUUAUUUUAAAGCCGGGGACACUAAGAAUGCUAUUCUCAAAUUUGAACAAGCGCAGAUGUUGGACCCUUACCUCAUCAAAGGGAUGGAUGUUUAUGGCUACCUGAUGGCCCGAGAGGGACACCUGGAGGAUGUUGAAGUCCUAGGAGGGAGAUUAUUUAACAUAUCUGACCAGCAUGCUGAACCCUGGGUGAUCUCUGGUUGUCACAGCUUUUAUAGCAAGCGCUACUCCAGAGCCCUCUACCUGGGGGCCAAGGCCAUCCAGCUGAACAGCAACAGCGUGCAGGCCCUCCUCCUGAAAGGGGCAGCCCUGAGAAACAUGGGUCGUGUUCAAGAGGCCAUCAUCCAUUUCAGAGAGGCCAUGCGUCUGGCUCCCUGUCGACUCGACUGCUAUGAAGGUCUGAUUGAUUGUUACCUGGCGUCCAAUGGGAUUCGAGAAGCAAUGGGAAUGGCAAACAACAUCUAUAAGACCCUGGGGGCCAAUGCUCAGACGCUGACCAUCCUCGCCACCGUGUGCCUGGAGGACCCUGUGACUCAGGAGAAAGCCAAAACCCUUCUGGACAAAGCACUUGCUCAGAGACCUGAUUACACCAAGGCUGUGGUGAAAAAGGCUGAGCUGCUCAGUCGAGAGCAGAAACACGAAGAGGGGAUUGCUCUCCUACGAAAUGCCCUGGCCAAUCAAAGCGACUGUGUCCUGCACAGGAUGCUGGGAGAUUUUCUGGUAGCUGUCAACGAUUACCAGGAGGCCAUGGACCAGUACAGUAUAGCAUUAAGCCUCGACCCUAAUGAUCAGAAGUCCUUAGAAGGCAUGCAAAAGAUGGAGAAGGAGGAGAGUCCAACAGACGCCACGGUGGAGCUGGAUGGUGACGACAUGGAGGGCAGCGGAGAGGACGGAGAUCUGGAGGGCAGUGACAGUGAAGCAGCCCAGUGGGCCGAUCAGGAGCAGUGGUUUGGGAUGCAGUGACCCGGUGCCAGUAAGGACUGCUCCAUCACACUGGAUGCCUUCAGCCAUUGUGGCCCCUGGGAGUCAUGUGAUCACGAUGGUGAGCUCCAUGGGAGCGGUGCUGCUGAGGUUAAAGAUGGGGGAGCUAUCAAGCGUAAAAGCUAAUGUUUCUGAGGGGUUUUUUACUAAGAGUCAGCUUCAUGCCAGAACCGGACCUGCCAGCCACCACCGGCCUCCAUCAGGAGGAUUUACUUGUAAAUAACAAACCCCGUCAGCUACGUAAAACCAAGGGACACCCAGUACCACUAAUGGUGAUUAUGCUUCUCUCUGGUGAGAAAUCCUGAGGAGCUUUCUCAUUUCACUUUGAAUCUGACCUCCAGUACCCUUCACAGUGCUGUGUUAGAUGGAGGCCCGUGCUGUACAGGAAGUGUUUUAGUUGAGCUGAAGGUGAGUAAACAAACCACCAGCACUGGCGAAAUGUGGCUGUUGUCUGCCAGUGUGGCUGGGGCUGAAGGUGUUGCAGGAAGAUUUCUCCAGCCUGACUCAAACAUCAACUCAAGUGCAAAGUUUCCAGUGUUUUUUUUUACAUGUUGUAAUAAAUGUAUAAUAAACUUGUUUGGUUUAGA